AUGACGACUUCAGCAGCGGAGAGAGUCUUUGGAGUGGCGGAACUGCUGGAGAUGGUCUUGGCCUCUCUCCCCCUGAAAGACAUGCUCCUUGUUCAACGGGUCUCGAAGGACUUCCGCAACGGCGUCAAGAGCUCGAAGCGACUUCAAGAAGCACUGUUCCUCAGACCUGCGAAGAUAUGUGGUGUCAAUGCCGCAUUCGAGGCUGGCUGCGCGCGGGAAUUGGGUGCUCAAGUCGACGUAACAGCCGCUGGUGCCAGCAACAAGUGGCUUGUGCUCCAGAAAAAGCUGCACCACAGGCGAAUUCAUCCUGUCCCAUUGAAUCCACUCCUCUGGCAACGCACGAGAAUCAACAAGAGUAGCUUCGACACGGUCGAUUCGCUGCCGAUCGAGUCCAUUCAGUUCCUCCACCCAGCCAUUGGAGGACUGUCCUUGGAUCGACACUCCUCGACUGAUGGUGAAGUUCACCUUAACGUCAUACUAGAAGCAAAGACAAACCCCUCAGAUGCAGCCACCGCCGUACUCGAGGACUCCGAAGCGUCGUGGCGCCAAAUGCUCGUGAAGCAGUGCCCAUGUACGACAAUUGUCCUUGGACUACGCAUCGACGGCAACGGCGUCAGUCGAGGACCAAACGGGACCAUGCUCCCAGCGGAUGCGACAUUGGGCGAGAUUAUGGACUGGUGCCAGUCGAAAUAUGCGAUCUUCACGAGGAAGGGGGUCGACGUGGAUUCCAAGUCUGACCAUUAG